ACCGGACGAAGACCAAGGAAUACGCCCACCCCUACCGCCCUCGCUGGUGAUAUCUUCUGUACGCACAUGAACUUACACACGUGCGUCUCUCCUGCCGAUCAAUAAGGGUCGCGCGCCGGUUCGAAUAAUCCAGGCGUUGAUGAUGGCCUACCAGUGUCUACGCCAGACGCAGCCCCCAUGCGUACGCCUUCGAUACGCUGCAGACACCCCCUGAACGAAUUCUGCCAUAUCAUGUUUAAUAUUUGAACAUACUUCUAUUCCAAAUUAUGCGGAUAACAUUUAUUUAUUAUCGGCCCGUUAUGCAGUAUACUCGUGCCAUACAGUCUUAUAUUAUCUAUAUGUAUGCUGGUGCUGUAACCAUAGUAUAUCUAUGCUGUAACGAAAAAACUAAACUCACAUCAUCCAUGAACAUAAUUAACCAUCCGCAAUGUGCACAUGCGCUUUUCCACACGGACGCCGCAAAUUGUGUCCCCAAUUAUUGGAGUCCACUACGUGCGGCACAAGAUAUACACGCGAUAUAGACUUCAGGUAUAAAUGUAGAUUCGAAUUGAUAUGAUGUAUGUACGUUGGUUUCGCACGUGUCCGUAUCGCUGCUUCAAUCAUGCGAUAUAAUAUUUCUAAUGUGUACAAUUCGCGGGAUGACGAUUGAAAUAUAAUUAUACGCACUACUCGUACAAAACAUUCAGCUGGUUGUAAAUUAUCAUACAUAUCUGUGUAUACGGAAACGCAAAAAUGGCUUGUAUAGAUGUGAACUGUGCUAGUCAAAUUCAUUUCAGCCAAAAAUAGACGGCAUAUAUGCGGAUCGUCGACAAACUCUACGAAUGGAGUAGUAGAUAAACUGUUACCUUGCAGAGUCUCAUCACGUUCAUUUCAACUAUGAUACGGAUCUGCCUAAUACAGGCACAUGAACUCUUGCACACGAAAGUCUGUACUCUUGCAUGUGCGGUUGCCGAUCCCGACGCCGAAGUCUGCGUACACCUCUAUGAGAUUCGUCAAGGAGGCCCCAAGUUUGAAUUAUCACUGGCGGGAAAACUCACUAUCACCAGUCGGAUGCUUCACCAAUCAAAAAAAAGAAUCGUUCGCCGCUUGGUGCGCUUUUGGGAAUCGCAAAAAAGGCGCGAAUUCUCUGCGUCGUUUAUUCAAAUAUCCACCCACGGCCAUACGUAUCCGUUGAAACCUCAAACGAACGUCCACAGAAGCCGUUCAAUCCAAAGUAUUGCCAUGCUUGUUAUCGGUAGUCAUUUAAUGUUUGUGGUCACGGAAAUCCCAGAUACAAACGUAUUACUAUCAUCUUCGAAUCAAAUAUUAUCUUUCUGCGUACGGCUAUCCAUCACAGAUUUCGUUAUGAGCCACAAUUUCAACGCAAACACGGUCAUCGAUGGUAAAGUUACAGUACCACUCGAUCCAUCCGGUCUUCUAGGCCGGGAUAUCUUCAAAAAAUAUAUCAUCGAGAAACAAAAAGCGUUCAAUGAAAUACAUAAACUAUUGGAAUGUGAGGUGGAGGAGGAACGCAAUGACGAAAUGGUACAGUUUGAAGCCGAUCCAUUCAUAGACAACCAAUUCUGCAUGACACAGAGUAAAAAAAAGCAAACCGUGAAACCAUUCAAGGGUCUUGCUGCAGCUAUUGCCUUGCAAGAGCAAAUGGGAUUUCAAAUAAGCUAUCGCCCUUAUAAUAUGAAUAUAAAUGACGAAGGUGGGACCGAUUCCCUAGAAGAUGCAAAUCAGGAGUUAUUGGGGAUCUUACAGAAUCACUCGUUAAAUGAGCCAAAGAACAGUCAGGCUGAGUCGAAAGAGUUGAACACGAUGGAGCUUGAAUCCUUACUGAAAGAAGCUUAUGAGGCCUAUCAUCUUGAGCAUUGGGGUCCAGCUUCAAUGAAAUACAAAACUGCAUGGAAGAUAAUUACAGAUGCCACUUUCGAGUCACAAGUAAAGCAUAUCGACAAAGAUGUAGUUUGCUACAUGUUAUGUAUUACACUGCUCGAAACAGAGGAACCGACUAAUCUAUCUACGUCUAUGGAAUUGUUGUUGAAUUUGGAGCCACUGGGACAUCUGUUUCCAGCCAUCUACUAUGCUUUAAGUAAGGCUCACCACAAAUAUUACAGGUUUGCAUUGGCGCUUAAAGCUGUUGAACGAGGCUUUGCAGCUCUUGACUCCGGUAUCGAGUUAACCGAGCACACCAUUCCAGGAUCCACUGUUGUACUACCAGAGUCAACUAGAGUCAACCUCUCGGCUUCCCUUGCUGCCAUGUAUGACGAAUGCUCAAGGUGGCAUCCUCCAGAUGCAAUUUGUUCUAUGAAUGAGUGCGUACCUGCCACUCGAUGGUAUGGUCCGAAUCAGGAUAUAUACUUUAGCGAUCCUACCUUCAAUGGAAUGGUCAUUGUGACUUGUAGCAACACAAGACAUCCUUGUACCAUGAAGUUUCAUCAAGCCUGUUGGAAAGUAAAAAAGGACCAACUAUCAGCUGUAACCAAACUACCUGACAAGGACAUUAUCGGCUAUGAAUGCUUUACACCAAGCUGCGAGACUGAUCAAAAUAGCCCUAGCCUAAUAAUCAAAGUGGAAAUUUAUGGUGACGAUGGGAAAUUGAAAACACAGAUAGUAGCUCCAGCAAAUCCCGUACCUCGGGCAAAGCAGCGCCUGCAGCUAAAAGGUGCCAUACCAAAACAGCCGGUCAAGGCCAAGCGUCUCCCCGAAAAAAUGCGGUGUCCUAUCCCUACCGCCGUUCCUCGAUCUAGCAGCAAAGAAUACCCAGCUGAAGAUUGCACUGAGAAGGUAUGGCGACUAAGAAAAUUAGCCAAACUGAGGCAAAAUAAUUUUGGAAUAAUGUCGAUCAAUGAGUGGAGACCAGAUGUAGAAAUGUAUGGAAACCCUCGCAUGAUGGAGAUUGGAUUCAUGCUGGAAGCUCCUUUUUAUGACAAAGACUGUCAUAAACAACUGGAAAUCAAUACUUCCAUAUUCACGUACUUUUACGAGUUCAUCAAAGAAAACGGCUGUGUCACAAGAAAUGAAAUCUCUUCAAAAUGGGAAGAAGAUAAAAUUUUAUUCAAUAAUUAUCAUACGGAUUUGGACGAUGAAACAGAUAUUUGUGAAUUCCUGCUACAAUCAUACCAGUUUGCGUCUGUCGGACCUUACAUUGGCAUAGCUGAAGUUUUGCCAGAAUUAUAUAGACUAGUUAAGAGCGAGGUCUGUGGUUGUCUCAAAUUUUUACUAGCAGGCCCCGCUAAUAGGCAAACAGUACCAUUCAACGAUGAUAUUUUCAACUCUAUAAUCCGUGAUUAUGACGAAGAGCAAAUUAAAACUGGGGUAGUACAAAGCAGCAAAGAACCAAAGAUGAUCGAAAAUAUAAAUUCAGUGCCUGUAACCCCGCCAAUAUUAUCCGUUUCUGAUUCACUGAGACCUCAAGAUAUCAAGAUUAGAACCACCUUGUUGGAACCAAAGCAAUCACGCCCUGUUGGAACUGGUUCAAAUCAUUCUCAAGAGAUGCAACGGAAUGGAAAAUCUGAGAUCGUUAAAUCCGGACUUGGUAUCGAAAGUAAACGUAGCGAGACAACCCUGAAAACUACGUUGAAUUUACCCCAAGAAACUCCACCUGAGAUGGACCCAUUCGCGAAAGAGAAUAUGACUACACAUAUCAAUGACCAGCAUCAAGAAUUAGGGCCAAUCAAUCGCCAGAAAAAUAUAUCGAACGAAGACUCUGGUAUUGAGAAAUCACUUGUUGAACUUCAAGUGGCCAGCACUGAUAUCAUUUCAGAAUUUAGAGCUGUGAAACCUGUAGAAAAUAAUAUCCAUGCAAAAAGCGCAAGCAUCGCAUCACUGGAUGAAUCAAACGUCGAAAAAAUUGAAACCGAUCUAGAAAAAGCUUUAGCACUCAUGAAGUCUGCCUUAGAUCAAUUGAAAGUGAGAUCUGAAAAUCAUGCAAAGUCGCUGCAACAAGAAUUUGACAAAUAUAAACUACUAUCCGAACAGAGGCUCAGCGAACUUUUGAAAGAUUCAAACCGCCUAGAAGCUCUGUGUGCCAAAUAUGAGACAGAGAAAUCAAACCUUAUGUGUGAACUCAAUAAACUUCAACUUGAUUCGUCUUUUGCGAGUGAGGAAAAUGUAGCUUUAAAAUUGCGUAAUACUGAAGUUAUGCACCAUCACAGUAAACUAACAGAAGCGAAGAAGAAAGUAGAACAUGACUUUGACGUGUUAUUGAGAGAGAAUGCUUUGAUUAAAGAAAACCUAGAGAUGCUUCGAAGAGACAAGGAGGAGAUGGAGAAAAAAUUGGAUAAGUAUCGUAUUCGUUUGAAGGAAAAGAUUGAUGCAGAAAUAAAGACUUCACUGGAAAAGGAACAAAAGAGAUUAGAGGAAGCCAAGUUGAGUGAAAGGAAGUCACAGCUUCAAUCUUUGAACCAAGAAUUCUGGCGUGCUAGCUUGACAUUUGAGAAAGCAGUCGAAAAAUGUCAUGAUAAUCUGCAUAUGCUAAACGUGGUUGGGAAAAUAGUCACGUCCUUAACAGGCGAACAAUUUACGUUAGUAGACGCUCGAGUGGCAUGGCAAAGAUGUGAGCACCAUUUGCGCUUAACCGCCACAAAAUAUAAAGAUGAUUACACAAAACUCAAAACAUUGCUUGAAUCUAAUCAGCAAAUUGAGAAUUUGGAACACAUUAAACUACCAUCCUUGAAUAUAGUAUUUCCAAAACCACUCACCUUUUCAGAAGAUUUCUGCGAGGGGCAGGCUAAAUUCUUUUUACAUCCAACAAAUGUCCCACCAAAUCUACGGUCUAUGCAAGAAGCGCUCUCUGCAAACUCCUGCAGCAACCACAUGCCUGCAAACCCUUAUUACGGGAAUACAUACUUUAAUUCUAGCGUAAACAGCUUGCACAGUAUACCUUACCAAACUGGUUCAUUCGAUAAUCGCAGCUCAUGGUUGCAUACAGAUCCGACCGAUUCACCAAUAUAUAAUACAAGCGUUGGAAUAAACAUGGCUCAACUUAAUCAGACAAUUCAAUGCAACAGUGUUCCGGAAAAGGUCCAUCAGAAGUCUACCAAUGAUAUCACUAAUCAUUCAUUCAUCGAACAUGGGUCAGUCAUCCAUCAAUUUGAUCAAAUUGAUAUCAGUACCAACCCACCCUACGAUAGUCAAAACUCUGAAGCUGAGGACAUCCAAUCGAACUACUUGUCCUAUAAUCCUAUGAACGAGAUCAAUCAAAACAACGGUCAAAUCUCUCAAGGAAAUGAUACCAGCAUAGUUGUAGAUAUGACCUCAGUCGAUGGUGCAGCACAGUUUUCAACAGAUAGACGUGCGGUUCUUAAGACAGUUGGAAUUGAUUUACUCAUUCAAGAAUUGAAAAAAAAAUUCGUCGGAGUACCUGAGUUUGACUUGGUAGAAAGUGUAAUGGAUGUACGUAAAUUGUACAACAACACACUGUCUGGAAUGCGUGUAGCGGAGAUUAUACGAGAAUCUGAACCAUUCAUAAGGCAGCGCCAAGUCAAGCAUUUUGCAGACUACAUGCGAGCACAGCAGGCCAUACGGUCAGAAGGGUUGCAAGUAUCACCAAACAGACGUAGUGAGCCCAACUCACGUUCGUCAACAGCACCAGAACAACCGAGGAACAUGAAAAAAUUACUCCAGAAUAAAACCAAAAAGCUGGUAAAUUCGUCGACCAAAGUGGCGCAAGUCGCGCCGAUUAUUAAGAAGCCAGCUUGGAGACCUGUUACAUCUGGACUGAUUAAUUGGGUGAAAAACGAAGAAGAUUCAGAGUGUAUCAUUUGUUUCGAAAAUAUGAACGCACUUGACGAGAAGGCUCCUGUUUAUGCCUUGCCAUGCCAGCAUUCUUUUCACCACGCGUGCAUAAAGAAAUGGCUGGGUGAGGUAAGCGUUUGCCCGAUUUGCAAAAUGCAUUGUACUAUGGAUGAUGAAUUUCCUCCAUUGCCUUUGUAGCUUUACAAACCAAGUACUUUUACACAGAUAUUAAGACGAUACCAAAUAUUUGUUAAGAUAAGUUAAAUGAAUAUUGACUACGUACAAUGGUACAAACACAAUGUUCUGUAAGCAUUCCAAGCAUAUUUUUUUGUAAUAAAUACAUUUCAUGUUA